CUCUCUCUCUCUUACAUUAGUCAUAAGAAAAUCAUGUCCUUGCAAAUGAAUUCCAAUGCAACAAAAGCAAUUCCAAUUUCGCACAAAACAAUGUCCAGGCAAAAGAUUGAUUAUAAUUUCAAAACUAUUUCAUGCAAAAUGGCCAUGCAAAAGGAGAGUAAGAGCAAUUUCUAUGAAGUGCUUUCGCUUGGUUCAGAGAGCGUGGGGUUUGAUGAGAUAAAGAAGGCGUUCAGGAGAAUGGCUCUUCAGUAUCACCCUGAUGUUUGUCCUUCUUUGGCGAAAGAAGAGUCCACAAAACGAUUCGUUGAGCUUCAACAGGCUUAUGAGACAUUGUCCAAUCCUGUUUCUCGUAAAAUGUAUGAUUAUGAGAUGGGUUUGGUUGAAGAAAGGAGGAGGAGAGAUCGUUUUCCGAAGAAAGUUUGGGAAGAACAACUCUUUGGACUGAAGCAACGGUCUCGAAUCAGAAUGGAGAGGAAGAGAAGCUGAUUGUAAUAUCAAAU